CUCUGAUCUAUACCAAUGACCAUGACAUUUGCCCAUUUUUAAUUAUAAGAAUUUAUUAAAAAUCACAAAACAAAUGGUAGUAAAUUUACCUUUAAGUCAUUUAACGAUUUAAGUCAUUGUUUAGUGAAGACAAGUGAAAUGAUUUACGUUUCUGUCUUUAUCUCUGGAAAACACUCUCUGACCGUGUGAAUGUGUGCUGAGCGGAAGGGGAAAUAGUUCCUGUCCUGCACUGCUAUAGUUCUUUUUUUCGACACUUGUGAUAUGCACUUAUUUUCAUGCUAAGCUAUUAUUAAAAUCACUACUUUGCAAGAAACAUUUAGUGUCAAUAUCAUUAAAUAAGGAUAUAUCCACAUGAAUUAACGAAUCAGAGUAUUGCAAUUUCAAGAUCCAUCCGCCCAUCCUGAAGAACUGCAGCGACACACACAGCUAACGUUAUUCCAACACGCUAGCUGAACUGCCACUUGAAAACAACCUGCAAAUUCAUUGGAGAGGCUCAAACAAGACUUUGCUCUGGUAAAGCCUCGAUAGCUGUGCGUGUGGUGACUCAAAAUGAAGGUUAAACUUCAUUCAGACGCGGUUUCGCAGCCUCUAAGUUGCUCAAACAGUGAUGAAGAGGGAACAAACAGCCUCUGCGACAACCAGUAUAUCGUUGUCAAGCUUGAAGAUGAAGAUGCAGAUCAAAAUCCAGAAACUGAGAUGGACCUGAGUAUAUUCGCUCCCAUCGAGACUUCGGAGUGUGAAGAAGAAGAAGAAGAGGAGGAAGAAAAAGUUGAAGAUGAGUAUGACGACGAACUCUCCGACUCCUCUGGCGUUUCUACCUGGAGAAGGAAAAACAUUAGGGAGCGAGAUAACCAGGUGGAUUCAGCGCCCCUUGAGAAAAAAUCUUCCAGGAGGAGUUUAAAAGGACGCCGUAAAAGCCGACAGACCUUUCUGGCUGAGCGGAGGCAGAAGGAGAGUCUUGACUCUAAUGCAGCAAACAGGGACAUGAAUGUUGGACUUCCUUCUAAAGAGGAUGCAUUUUACCAAGCUGUACCUCUGUCUGAUUCAGCCAGAGCUCCUGUAGAGACAUCUGGACUGGACACGGCAAUCAGCCCUUUAGCUGCCAUGGAGCCUCCUUUAUUUCCAAAUGCACCGAUACAGAGCACAUCUGUUGUUGGGGAGGAUCAGCAGAAUAUACUGCUUGAGGUCCUAAACUACUGUAGGUUUUUGCAUGCAGCAGUGCAGAGGCUUGAACAGAAGAUUGACAGACAGAUGUCUAAUGAGGCGUCACAUGAAAGAAGCUCAGCGAAGCUGAAAAAUGGUCCAAAGAGACGGGCAUCUCUGCCUGUUGAAGAUGGGCAGCUGUCCUGGUCUUUGGCCCAACGUCUUGGUCCACCAGUCCAGAGAAACCCACGCUGGAUCCCUCCCUGGAAACGAGGGUUGGACAGAGUGGAUUUUCAGCUAGCUGACAACAACAGCAUUCAGUCGGGCAAACCUGGCGGGGGACGAGGGAGAGGCAGGGGCAGAGGACGCGGUCGCAGGGGCCGCAGUAACGGAUCCCAGCGUCAAUCUCAAACUCCAGAUCCUGCUUUGCUUAUGUCGAUGCCCAAUGGAGAGGAGAUCUGCACUGCAUCAACAGAUGAUCCACAGCUGUCCCAGGUCAUGAAGAAAGACUCUAAGGCUAACACAGGCUCCAAGCGUCAGCAGAAAAGAAAGAAAGCUUUUGCUCAGGUGGACGAGGAGAAAGUUGAAGCAGAGAAGAUGCCCGACAAUAAAGAGGCCACACUUGAAGUUCAGGAUAACAACAAAGUAAUGAUCGGAAGCCCCCUGCGGAAAGUGUGGAUCCCAUUGUCUGUGUACAAGGAGGUGUUUAGGGAGAUGGAGCCCCAGAAGGCUGUAGUGCCUGUUCUUCACGCCCUCUUUCCCAUCAGCACUCUGUCCUGCAGUGCCGUCACAGGAAACCCUGCAAAAGGCAUCCAGCAGCUUGACCCCAACAAAAUAGAAGCCAUUCGAGAGUUUCUUGCUGAGAUGUACCCCCAGUUUGACAUUGGCGUGAGGGGCGUGUCGUGGGCGCAGUGUCUUGGAGUGAUAAACAGCAUCACCAAACAUCUCAAGAAAAAGCAGCAAAAACAUCACAUCUGCCAAUAGAGGUUGGUGACACAAGAAGUGAUCGUUCAUACUGAGGAUCUGACACACAUACUCCAUGUGCAACAUGUCUUGUUAAGCUAAACCUUCAUUUCAGUUUCAUCUGAACUGAUACAGUGUUCAUAACUGAAGUGCAAGUCCCUGUUUUGACAAC